AUGGGCAGAAGAUCGGAGCCAAAGAUAGAAUCUGAAAUAGAUGACUACGAGCGUCAGCGUCAAGAAAAUAUCGCCCAACGUAACAAGUUAUUGAAAGAUCUUGCGCUUGAUGCGCGAGCUGCAGGACUUGGUCCUAAGCCAGCCUCGAAACCUCCAACUAAAAGUAGCUCACACAAGAAGAGGCCGGCUCCAAGGAAGAUUGAAGAUGUGGCGCCGACGAGAACAUCGUCACGGCUGAAGGGAAUUGUCGCAGAUAGUGAGGUAGCAAAGCGAAAGGCAGAAGAAGAGCAUGUCGCCGUCCGAGAGGCAGAGCGGAUCAAGAGGCAGCGGAAGACCGGGGACAUGAGUCUUGGUGAUGUGGUAGUCCGGGGUGAUGGCUGGGACAAGGAUAAGAACUUUCUCGUCGAUGUCUUCAGGAGAGGCGCAAAUCCGUACGAGCGCACAUUCGAUGCCACCGAGGUCAAGGAGACAACCAAUAAGGAGGUCAAGGCUUUGAGAGAGCAGAUGAGCGGACUGGAAAUCUACGAAGGCUUUGAGCCUAAUCAGAUCAAGAUCACUGAGGAGAGAAUCUAUUCUCUAGGCUUUCAUCCCACAACAGACAAAGCUCUUGUGUUUGCUGGGGACAAGAUGGGUAACUUGGGCAUCUUCGAUGCUUCUCAGAAGUCGACCACGAAACAAGAGGCCAACGGCGUCAAGCACGAGGAUGAUGAGGAAGAUGAAGAUGACAGCAAGCCGGCAAUCACGACAUUCAAGACCCAUACGCGCACAAUCUCAUCGUUUCAAUUCUCACCCGACAAUCCAUCUCAUCUCUAUACUUGCUCCUAUGAUUCUUCAUUGCGCCUUCUCGACCUGAACAAAUCAACGUCGGUUGAGCUCUAUGGCCCUGAAGAUGCAUCCAUUGACGAGCCGCUUUCCGGAGUCGAGAUCGAUCCUUCCAACCCCAAGCUCGUAUACUUCUCCCGUCUUGAUGGUUUUGUAGGACGAAUUGAUACCCGAGCCAAACCCCAGACAACCGAAGUAUACGAACUAUCAGAGAAGAAGAUCGGCGGCUUCUCUCUGCAUCCCGGUCAACCACAUUUCAUAGCCACCGCUUCUCUCGAUCGGUAUCUGCGAAUAUGGGAUCUGCGAAAGUUAAGUGGAGCCCGAAGUAGGCAACUGCCUGCCUUAAUUGGUGAGCACGAGAGUAGGCUUAGUGUCAGUCAUGCCGCGUUCAAUUCAGCAGGGCAAGUAGCAACCGCUAGCUACGACGACACCAUCAAGAUCCACACUUUCGAUGGCUUAGGCAGCUUCAAGCCUGGCCAGAAUAUAUCGGAGGAAAACGUGCGGCCAAGUACUGUCGUCAAGCACAACAAUCAGACUGGAAGAUGGGUGACAAUUCUCCGAGCCCAAUGGCAACGCCAUCCCCCAGACUCCAUCCACCGGUUCUGUAUAGGCAACAUGAAUCGCUUCGUCGACGUGUACACCUCAAGCGGCGAACAGCUCGCCCAGCUCGGAGGCGACGGCAUCACUGCCGUGCCGGCCGUGGCGCAGUUCCAUCCCACGCAGCAGUGGAUCGGCGCUGGGACAGCCAGCGGCAAGCUGUGCCUUUGGAUGUGA